CCUUACUCGGUCCCACCAUGGCUGGACUAUCACCCCGAGCGAGACUGUAUCAGAGAAUCAACGACAGCCUCUCGGAAGAAGAAGUCAGAAGCCUGAGAGCCAUGCUGGUUUCUGAUGAGCACCUCGGGAAGGCAAGAGUAGAAAGCGCCACGCCUCAGGAGAUGUUCAACAUGUUAGAAGACGACAACAAGAUCGGAAAGGGAAACCUAGCGCUACUGGUGGACUUGCUGAAAGUCCUUGGAAGAGCAAAGUUAGCUCAAGAAGCUGAGGACGUGGCUGAAGCUGAUGAGGCAGGAGCUUUAGAAGCACCGGUAUCUGCUGGUAUUGGGGCUGUCCAUGGAGAAGCAAAGUCAGCUCAAAAAGCAGAAAACACGACAAAAGGUGACGAGUUAGGAGGAGGGCCAGGGGAUGUCAGUGACGUCAUCAUCUGCCCGAGGGACCUUUACGCUACAGAGUAUGCGCAUGUGCAGCCUCUCCCGUGGUGCGAAGAUCUCAACCUAGAUCUGGGAGAAGUCUACACCAACCUGCAACUUCAGCGUAGAGACGAAAGGGGGCGCUUUAAGGGCACAUCUACUGUUGUAAGCUUAGCAGAUAUUUUUAAGAGAGCUGAAGGUGAACCUAAGAAAGCUGAUUGUAGGUCAUAUGUAAGAAAGAUAAGGGUAGAGGGGCCCCCUGGUGUUGGAAAGUCGUGCUCUUGUCAGAAACUGGCUCAUGAUUGGUCGUCUGGGAAAUUGGGCAGUUUCAAGGCUGUGUUCUUUCUGGAGUUAAGGCACUUGUUUGGUAAGGUAAAAGAUGCCAUAUUUGAGCAACUCCUACCAAAGGACACAGAUAUAAGCCCAGAGCAGCUCUGGUCCUAUAUCAAAAAGAAUCAGAAUGAGGUUCUGUUUAUCCUUGAUGGUUUGGAUGAGCUCAGCCAGAAAGCCAGGGAGAGUACAGAUGUAGUGGACUUGAUUCAAGGUAAAAUCCUCAGGAACUGUCAUGUCAUUGUGACCUCCAGGCCGUACCACUGUGUCAAAGAUCUACAUAACUGUCACGAGUUUAACAGAAUCCUAGGAUACAGUGAGGAAAAUUCUUUGCAAUGCAUACAUAAGUAUUUCAGCGAAGCACCCGAAUCUGCCACGAAGCUUGUAGAACAGCUGACAAGUGACAGAAACAUUGCAGAAAUAGUCGUUAAUCCCCUCAACAAUGUGCUUAUAUGUGUCGUCUGGGAAGACGGUGGGGAGAAACUACCCAAGAGCAAAGCUGACCUAUACAAAAUGAUGGUGUAUUCAGUCGCCAAGAGGUACUGUGGAAAGGAAGGCAUUCCUCUCAAAGGCAGCACAUUACCCUCUAACAUACAUGAAGCCUUGCGAGGUCUGGGGAAACUGUCCUGGGAGGGACUACAACAGGAUCAACUCCAGUUUAACAUAGAUGAUAUAAGACAGGAGUAUGUGGCCAAUGCCGAUGACAUGUUGUCCAUGGGCCUACUUACCAGAGAUCGCUCAUUCUCCAGAAUCGAACGCACCUGGAACGGUGCCUUCUUACACAAAACCUUUCAGGAAUACAUGGCCGCGUAUUAUAUCAGUGAGUUAAUCAAGAAUGAACGUAAGAGAGAGAAGGGUAUAGAAUGCCUCCGUUGUGUGUUUGGCAUGACAGAGCCAUCUAAUGAGUAUAGCCUGGUAUUCGAAAGCCGCCAUAGGUAUAAAGAGGUGCAAGACAUGUUGCCUGAGGUCCUGGGUGAAAAUUCAGGCCAACUGUUUGAGUUGUUUGUAGAAGAGCUUACCAACACUGAAGUCGAUGAGGGCGACAGGGCUCUUUUGUCAUUUAUCUGCGUUAUGUCACUUGGAAGGGCAUGUAAAGAUGGGAAACUGGCGGAGAUUGUGGCACCAUGUUUUUCUCCGCGCAUGACCAACGGAACGGGUUAUUAUGGGGAUACAGACCCUAUAUCCGGUGAUGAUUGUUUUAAGAUGAUUGAUGAUAAUGCUAGGUGGUUUGAUGGCUUCUUACAGAUACUCAGCUGUCAGAAGAAACUCGCUAUGGGUCCGAACCCAAGGUUAUUGCAGCAUCUUACGAUUGACUGCUAUGCUAUCGGAUACGUUUUACAGCAACAUCAGCUCGUUGAGUUAGAGAGUACAUUGUCGGAUUGUGUAACAUUGCGUUCGUUGGAUCUAUGGUACAGUGAUGACUUUAAUCAAAUAAGUUUUAGUAGCGGUAUUGUUUACGAAGGUCAUAUGUUCACGACAGAUGAGGAACAAGAAAUCCCCCUAGUUACCAUGCUCAUUCCUCGCUGUGGGAUAGAAAGUGUUUCCAUAGAAUUGUCGGCAAAGAUUUUGGAACAUCUGUCAGAACUACCAAGGCUAGAACAUGUCGACGUCCGAGAAGGGUGGCCCUGUAAUGAAAUAGACUUCCCUAAGUACGACAGCAUGUUGGCUGAGAUGGUUAGGAAGCAGAGUUGCCUGAAAACCCUACGAGUAUGUGGGUGUGUGACAAAAUCUAAAGGAACCGGGAAGUUUGAUAACCUAAAAGCUACUCUGCUGAGAAUCUCUGAACGCAGCACACUGGAGGUCGUGGCUUUAGUUGUCUUACUAACAGACAGUGAUCCUAGUCUUGGUGAGCCACCGCAAGAACUUCCGGAUGAGCAUGCGUCAGCAGAAAUAAUGGUACAGAAACUCACAGAAUGUAUCAAUAGAAAUAGAACACUGAUGGAUCUACAAAUCAGGUACGAGAUAUAUACUAAGUUCUACAAGCCGAUCUGUAGCAGUCAGUCAGUUUCCAAGCUCUGCUCAGCGAUAGAGAGGAACAAAACCUUGAAGUCAUUGACUGUAGAGGGGGUGUUCUCGGAAUCAGAUGCACAUCAGGAGUUAAUCGACCAGCUAAUGAUGAACAAGCCUGAGAAAUUUGAAGAGCUUAAAAUAACCAUGUUCAAAGAGGAAGACAAAAUGCACAGUAGCUAUUUUUUAACUUGCAGUGCUAGAGAAAUUCUCAAUUGGCCACUACCUCCCGAUCUACAGUAGAUGUCUCGAAUUAUUGCGGGCCAUGGUCAUGAAGAAAUAAACUUGCUCAAGGGAAAUGAGUGCAUUGACGGAUAUUCACGAGCUCUUUGGACCUCAAUGUAUCACAUUCUGUAGAAUCAGAGCAGCACAGGGUCAUUCUGAUAAGGGCACGACUAAAUUUCCUCUCAUAUGAAUUACGAAGUCAACUAUUUCCUUUAGGUUUAUUCAAAUUUUAUGUAAACUAAGUAUGAUAAUAAUCAUUUUAUUUUACGUGUACUUCUAUAUAGCCAGUACAAUUCAUCAAUAGUUUAAAACCUAUAUACAUCACUUUGUUUUGUUUUCCAUAGCAUAUGCACCGCUUUGUUUUCCAUAGCAUAUGCAUGUAAAAUUCUUAAUCUAGUUUAACAUUAAUUAAUGUAUAAGUUUAGUUUUCUUCUGUUUUUUAUUUUUAUUUUAGACCGCUUGUGGUCAUCUGAGCAAUUAGCUUAAACAAAGACUAUUAUUAUUCUGUAAAUUAAGUGGAAAUGCCCGGGCUAGGUAUCAUUUUGUACGAAGCAUUGGAUUUUGUUUGCUUACACUGACAGUAUUAAUCAUAGAAAAAUCGAAAAGAAUAUUAUAAUUGUAAGAUAAUGUAGCUGAUUUGUCAAGUAGACCAAGAUUACGCUGAAGAAAAGAGUUGGGACUCAGUGGUUCGCCAGUUUGAUAUACACCUUCAAAACCCCAGCAUUUCUCAAGAUAAAGCCUUUUACUGUUUCACAUUGUACCAGUUCUGGCUGGUUCACAGUCAGAAUUGCCCUAACGAAAGUGACAGACGGUCGCCAUGAAAAUAAAGUUGUGGUUGUUUAAAA